UUUGCAUCCAUUGGAAUUAUCCGUAAUCAACAGAUUCGUCAUCGUCAUUCUUUAUUUUCAAUUCAAAAUUUUUUACGACUUGUUCAGCGAUAGAUUAGUUUUUAAAACAGACGAGGUUCUACUUGUACCUCAAGGAUAAUUUCAUUGGAGAAACUGCGAACGGAUUAAGUAAAUUAACUUUCGUACCGGUACAUCUUUCCUGUUUGCGUUAUCCGUCUCGAGGAAAAUUAGAAUAACGAGGUCAACGGGACAGGAAAGGUGUAUCCCAAAUAAAAGCAAAAGAGCUAGUCUAUCAAGCAGUAAAACUUUUCAAAAAAGAAUAUUAGCUAAGCACGUUUUGAGACAGUAAUAAAAUUCUUUCUUUCUUUCGCUGGCGGUAGAAUCCGAGAUUGUUUUUCCGUAUUACCCUAAAAUAGCUAACGGUUCAUAUACUUUUAGUUUGGUUAACUUUAAACAUUAUCUUUUAUUUUUAUUGAUUGGAUCAGAUUUGUUGACUAUUGAAUAACUGUUGAAUAGCUAGCGGCGCAAACGUUUUGCUACCAUCGUACCGUUGGCAAUUAAGUAGUAUUUUCUACAAAUGAGUCGAAGGUAAAAAUUGAACACUCACACAUUGGCUCCACACCCGGUAAAAAAAAAACAGAAAAACUAACACGUUACUGGCGGAUCGGCCAACCCUUAUUAUUGCGGUAGCUGUUCGCUUGUAGUGAACGUGUGUGUUCAGGUACUUUCCGACCUCCUGGAGUCUGGCUGCCAACUAUAUAAGAACCAUGCAUGCCCAGUCACCUUUGUCAGUUCCAUCUUGCAUUGUCCAGCUAGCGCAACCACUGCUCUUAACUGCACGCAUCCAGCAAGACAAAAACAACAAUAAAACAACAUCAUCCAAUCUUCAUCGCCUUUUCAACAACUUGUCAAAUUUUCAACUCUAUCAUCAAAGAUCUUGAGAUAUCACCAUGGUUUCCUCGCAGACAAUCGUUGUGUUGGCUUUAUUGAUUGCCACUUUGGUGUCCGUGGAUGCUGAAAACUUCUUUUCUCGACGCCGCAGUCAACCCUUCCAGCGGCUCAAUACCAACUCAUAUUUCCGGCAACGGCUCGGCACUCAAGGAACCAGUGCCAACAACUAUCCUUUGGCAAGUCCGCUCCUGCAGCCCCAGACAACCGGAGCGAACCUGGCUACUUCCAGCUAUGGGGGCGCUACAACUUACGAUAGUCAUGCAAGCGGUUACGGAGUUGGUUACGAUAACCGUGAAAGCAGUAUCAAUCCGCUAUCGGCCCUUGUCGCCCCUUUGGCCGCCCUAGCGCUCUUGGGUGCCGCUGCUGCAGUUGCAAGCAAUCCCGUACUGAUGACUCUUGCCGUUUUGUCAAGCGGUCGCAAGCGCCGCGACAUCAACAUGGAAAAGAUUGGAAGAGAUGAUUUGACUCCUGAGCUGCAAUCCAAACUGGAAGAGAUGGAGACUUUGGAGAAAUACAUUGUCCAGAUUCCCGAGCAAGAGAAACAACAAAAGAAACUUAUGGCCACUUACCUCUCUUGCUCUGGUUUCACCGAAUCCAGCAACUCGUGUUUGGACCGAGUCGUUUGUGACUACUCUAUUCGACCUGGCAAAAUGACCGAACUGGAAAAGGACGUCAUUUCUAUCAUUUUGUACAACAUCAUGUCCAACGGGUACAUUUCUCAAGAAUACAAGGAACGUCUGAGGACAGCUGCUCAAUACGGUCGCACCCGUGGACAAUGCAGUGCCUUCUCAUGCGAUCAGCUCAAGUAAGCCCCCAACAGCUACCGCUAAUAACAAUUACAUCACUAUGAAAAAAGAAAGAAUGAUCUAUUACUAAACAUUUAAUUUUAUCCCUUUCAAAACUUAAAAAGUAUUUAGUUCCUAUUAGACUCUAGUGUUUUGUACAUGUGUGUAUUUAUCACUGGAUUCCCCCAACCAAAUUCGAUUCCUCAAGUGUACAUUUGAAUUCUUUUCAUUGUAAUUCUUUAGAAUGCACAACAGGACCUUUAUUUAUGACCCGACAAAACAAUUAACUACUAAUUGAAUCUUGUUCCUAACAAUCUCCGCCUUUUGUUUUGUAGUCUUUCAUGGGUACUAAUACAAGUAUGUAGUUUUCACCUAAA